GACGCAGCCUGACAGCUCACACCUUGCGCAUGUUUGGUCUGCAAGUGACGCGAGUGACACACGGCUGCAUCCCCCUUGUGGUUUGGUCGACUGCGCCAAAGCCGCCCGCUAUGGCGCUGGUUCUGGAUGAGGCCACCAAGGUGGAUGCACUGGUCGCUCCGGAUGAGACCGCCUACGACCUCUUCCAGGCCCUGCGCAGCAGCCGCGGCACGCUGCCCUGCGUGGACCGCUUCCUGCCGGGGGACGCCCUGUCGCCGGACUUCGCCUUGGUGCUGCACGGGGACUCCGCCAGCGGCAAGUCCCUGCUGCUGCGGAACAUCCUGGCGGCGCAUCUGCUGCCUCGGUCCUGCGGCGGGCAUGGCCUGCCUUCGGUGCUCAUCGACGCGGACCAGACCUUCGAGGUGUGGCUCCUGGCGAAGUUGCUGAAGGACCGGGCGCGGCGGAGGCUGAGCUCGGAGGCGGCCCUGGAGGCGGUGGACGAGGCGCUGCAGCGGCUGCUGCUCUUUCGGCCCAAGGAGCCACUGGAGCUGCUGCGGCAGCUGUCGCAGCUGCGGGGCCUCUUCGCGCGGAACCCCACAGCUGGCCUGGUGGUGGUGGACUCCAUGUCUGCCUGGCAGGCCAUGACGGGCGCAUUCCCGAAAUCCGCCGGCCAGGUGAUGAAGGAGUGCUGGCGUGCCCUGGGUCGCCUGCAGCGGGACUUUGCGGUGUGCGCGGUGCUGGCCCACCGAGAUGCUGCGGACAACGCGGUGCACCUCAGCGUCCGCAAGGACGUGGAGGAGCCGGAGGGCUCCGGGCGCGAGACAUUUGCCGUGGCACCCUGGGGGAGGGUGCCGAAUUCCACGGACCCAACUCCCACGACUUUCGUUGUCUCACCGGCUGGCGAGGCGUUGACGCUGCAGUGA